UGCAGCUUUCAGUUGAAAUCUGAUGUUUCAAGCUAUAGAAAUGUUACCAACUGAAUGUGAGGAUGAGGAGUGCAAGAGGCAAAUGCUUGAAAUCUCAAUAUCUGAACUGAGAAACACACUCACAGAACUGGAAAAAAGACUUAGCAGUGUUGAAGACGAAGGUAAUGCAUGGAAAACCAGAUAUGAGACACAAGUAGCAUUGAACAAACAUCUGGAAAGGCAAAUUAAUAUUCUUCAAGACAAGAUGGAGCUUAUUUGUGGAAAUCCAGAAGAUAAAUUGUCCACUAUUUGCACCCUUGAUCAAAUGCCUGUGGGUUCCUUAAAGAAGGUUCUUAAACAGCUAGUAGAAAAGAAGAAGAGUCUCCAGAAUAAGCUAAAAGACUGUGAACUUAAACUGGAACAAGAAGCAAAGGCUUACCACAAAGCUAAUGGUGAGCGGCGCAUGUACCUCUCAGAAAUCUUACAGACCUCAGCUACACUUAAAAUUGUUGAAAGGCAAAAAGCAGAUGCUUUGACUGGCAAGGGAGAUAACCAAAUACUGAG